GGGGAAGAAGAGGAGAGACAGAGAGAAGAAAGAAAAGUUGGUCUGUAAGGAGAAAACUUUUUUGAGAAUAGUAACAGAAAAGUAAAAGAAAAGAGGAGAGAGAGAGAGAGAGAGAGAGAUACAAAAGAAAAAGGAGGAGAAAAGGAGGGAGGAGGGGAAGAGAGUGACUUACUGGACCGCUGAAUAGAGGAAGUGUUUAAAUAAAGGAAAGAGACGGAGUGACUCAGUGGACAAGGGUGAAAAAGGAAGUGUGAUUUGUGAGAGUGUGUGUGUGUGUGUGUGUGUGUGUGGGUGUGAGAGAGAGAGAGAGAGAGAGAGAGAGCACAGUGAGACAGUCAGAGCUCCAUGUGGAUCAGUAAUGCUGGAAUGGAGAGAGACAGAAUCUCAGCACUGAAGAGGUCAUUCGAGGUCGAGAACGCGGAUUCAUCAUCUCAAUCUUCCUCUCCUCACAUGCGUCGCUCUCCAAUUAUCCAGCGUAGCGCUAUCUCUCCGUCCAUUAGCCGCCAUCAUGAGCUCGGGGCCAACGGUGCCGUCAAACCCAAACCUCAGACCCCCGAACCUGCACCACGCCGCUCUGAGCUCAGCAUCGGCAUCAAUGCCAAAGCCGCGGACUCAUCCAGUGCUGGUAUCUCCCGCUUUAGCCUGAGGAAGCCUGAAGUGUUGGGCCACAACAAGAUGCCAGAACCGCAAAAGCAUUCAGUUACAUUCAGCAAGACCCAUGAGACCACACCUUCAAUUGUCAGGACACCAUCCAAUGCAGGCACGAGACAGUUUCCCGAAGCUACUUUCAGGAGGAACGACCCACCAGAGAUCAGUGUCAGCAAGCCAAUUGAGGGCAAAGGUCAGGAGAAUCAUCAGCACUCAUCUACGAUCACAGUGAGGUGCUCAUCACCCAAUCAGGCUGGACACAAAUCACCCAUCAAUGAAGGACACAGAUCAGAGAUCAGCACCGGUUUCCACGGCAAGAUGGCAGACAAGGGGGUGGACAAGGGUGCAGACAAGGCGGCGGACCUCAGCUAUGUGGGCAUCGACGCCAUUUUGGAGCAGAUGAGGAGGAAAGCGAUGAAGCAGGGCUUCGAGCUCAACAUCAUGGUAGUGGGUCAGAGUGGUCUUGGUAAAUCCACGCUCAUUAACACUUUGUUCAAGUCUAAAGUGAGCCGCAGGUCAGUGAUGCCGGGCGACGAGGAGAGAAUUCCCCAAACCAUUGAGAUCAAAUCCAUCAGCCAUGACAUUGAAGAGAAAGGUGUGAGGAUGAAGCUGACGGUGAUCGACACACCAGGAUUCGGAGAUCAGAUCAACAACGAGAACUGCUGGAUGCCAAUCAUGAAGUUCAUUAACGAGCAGUACGAGGCAUUUCUGCAGGAGGAGGUCAACAUCAGCAGGAAGAAGAAAAUUCCAGACACACGUGUACACUGCUGCAUUUACUUCAUCCCGCCAACAGGACACUGUUUGCGGCCAAUCGACAUUGAGUUCAUGAGGCACCUGAGUAAAGUGGUGAACAUUGUUCCAGUUAUCGCUAAAGCUGACACAUUGACGCUGGAGGAGAGAGACUUCUUUAAAAAGAAGAUCAGAGAGGAUCUGCGGGCCAAUGAGAUUGAAGUUUACCCUCAGACAGAGUUUGAUGAGGAUACAGAGGACAGAAUGAUCAACAACAAGAUCAGGGACAUGAUACCCUUUGCUGUGGUUGGCAGUGAUCAGGAGUACCAGGUCAAUGGGAAGAGACUUCUGGGUAGAAAGACACGAUGGGGCACAGUAGAAGUGGAGAACAUAGCGCACUGUGAGUUUGCAUAUCUGCGGGAUUUGCUCAUCAGGACGCACAUGCAGAAUCUGAAGGACAUCACCAGCAGUAUUCACUAUGAGGUGUACCGCGUUCGCCGACUCAACGAGAGCAACACACACGCCAACGGAGACGCCGACGAAGUGCUCUCACACGAGAUGUAGCUGUCGGUCCGAUCUGUCGGUCCGAUCUGUCCAUCCAUCACUCCGUUUCUCCAUCUCCAACAUGUGGACAGUAGAAAUGUUAAUACUCUCUGAUGUAAAAGUGAAGUGUGUGUGCGUGUGUGUGUGUGUGUGUGUCUUUAUCAUUAUGCUUGCUGUCUAAACGUCUAUUUCCAGCCCUUUUCUCUCAGAGCGAUGAUGUAAAACUUGAAAAAUCUUUUAAAAUAUUAAAAUUGUGUUAUGAUGUAACCAGGCUGACAUUAGCUUGCUAGCGCUAACACAACCCGAUAAGCCAACUCUAGGUCAUUUUGAAGCACGACUCGAUAACAAAAGCAAUCUGAAACCUGAAACACGUCUUCGCUACCUCGCCAGCCCGCUAGCUGAUCUAUCCGCUGAACUGUAGUUUGCAAAUAAAAAUUAAUUAGCCAUGUACAUUUUAUAUUUAUGUAUAUAAACAUGAAACAUUAUUGUUAUUACAUCAAGAUGUAUAAUUUAUCUCAGCAAACGCUGAAUAGAAGUGUUUAUGUUAUUAUUAUUAAAUAGUUUAGCUUGCUAGUCAUAGCAUACUGAGUUAGCCAUCACUGCUAGUUAGAAUGUUAACAAUAGCUAAGCUAACUAGGAUUAACCAAAGACCAAAAUGUGAGUUAGCCGAGUUAGCCAGCUAGCCAUUAGGUUCGUUAGGGGAUAAAAAUGUGUUGUUUCAGUGUGUGUGCUGGAUAGUUAGUGUUAGCAUAGUGACAUCAUGACGUAAUUUAAUUAUUUUGUGCCAAAAUCUUUUUUUUUUCCUUUAAAAAGUUAAACAGAACUUUCGAGCAGGAAGAAGCUGCGUUCCAGUUGGGUCCACAUUCACACACAAAUGAUCUGAAACCUUCAAUAAGUAUUUUUUGUUUGUUUAUUAUUUUUUUUAAACGUGUAAUCACCUGGCAUCAUGCUAGCCGUGUUAUGCAUUAGCAUGCUAACUGACAUUACUGCACGUUUUUAGCAACGUUAGCAUGUUUCCUUUUCGCUUCCCUCAGUGCCAUUGAAUAUUUCAGCUUUACGUUGUGUUUGUGUUGUUUGGGAGACAUUAAAAACUUUCUGUAAGGAAAUCUUUUACCUUGUGUGUGUGUGUGUGUGUAUGUGUGUGUGUGUGUGUAUGAGCGUGUGUACGUGUCUGAGUGUACGUGUGUAAGUGAAAUUAAGGGUAUAUUUUAUGUCAUUAUGUUUGCUGAAGUCUCUUCACGUGGUUUAUUUGCAUUCUCGUCAUGGUUUAAUUAGCUUUACAUUCAUGCCAGUGUUUGCUAAUAUCAUGCUGUGUUUGAUAGCUGAGUGUGCGAGUGUGUGUGUGUGUGUGUGCGUGCGUAUGUGUGCAUUGAUGUAAGCUAAAUAAAUGUUUUUUGAACCCUGAAUGAAUCUGUUUACAUUAUUACUCAAUAAAAUCCUCUGCAGUUUAUCUGAUUAGUGUCUAAUUAGCAUAUGCAUCAUACUACCAUUUGUAAAUAUAAAUUACCAAAUUUUUGAUUAGCGUAAACUAACACGUUAAAACAAAGCAUUAUCUGGUUUUAUGUAAAUUUAAUAAACAAAACGGUCGAUAUCUGUUAAUAUUAUUUGUAUGUCUAUAUGCUUUUUACAAUAAAUUAUGCAAAUUGA